AUGAAAGUUGUGACUUUCGUCCUGGCUAUUACCUGUGUGACACUGCUCCAGCAGUGCCAGUCUCAGGAGCCUCCGCCGGGAUGUCCCCGCGUGGACCACCACGAUGCGACCACCACAUAUCUACCCAACCCGUACAACUGUUCCACUUACUACGUCUGCGUGCAGAGCCACCACCGACACAGCAGGAAACAACUGCAGCAGUCCAAACAACAACAAAACAUCAGACUACUGAAUCAGAGCAGCCAGCUACUCCUGGAAAACCUACUUCACCUGAACAAACAACAUCACAGAAAGUCGUUGAACCAGAGCAGCCAACUACUCCAGCACAAACUGCUUCACCUGAACAAGGAACAACACCAGAGAAGAGCCCUAAAUCAGAUCAACCAGCACAAACUGCUGCAUCUCAACAACCAACAACAGUGGAGGACGCCACUGAACCAGAGCAGCCAGCUACUCCCGCUCAGAGUUCUACACCGGCAGAAAGAACAACACCCCAAAAGACCACUGAACCGGAGCUCUCAGCCACCCCAGCCCAAACCUUUGCACCAAAAGAAGCAACAGCAUCACCACAAAAAGGAAAACCUACGCAAACAACUAAUAACAUCACCAAAGGCCGCUGAAUCAGAGCAUCCUGCUACUCCAGCACAAUCCACUUUACCUGAACAGCUAACAACACAAACCAAGAUCACUGAACCAGAGCAUCCAGCUAUUACAACAGAAACGACUGCAACAGCACAGCACAUAACAUCACCGAAGACCACUGCACAACAACAAAAACUCCUGCACCAGAGCAACCAAAAACACCACAGGAGACCAUUGAACCAGAGCAGCGAGCUACUCCAGCACGAACACCUGAACCAGAACAACAAACAUCACCGAAGGCCACUGAACACGAACAGCCACCUACUACAGCACAAACCUCUGUACCAGAACAACCAUCACCAUCGCAGAAAACCACUGAACCAGAACAACCAACCACUCCAGCACAGACCUUUGUACCCCAGGAGACCGCCGAACCGGAGCAAGCAGCCAGUUACCCCAGCACAAACCUCGGUACCUGAAGAACCCACAACAUCCCAGGAGACCGCCGAAUCGGUGCAGUCAGCUACGCCAGCACAAACCGCUGCACCUGAACAACCAACGAGCCUACAGGAGACCUCCGAACCAGAGCGGCCAGCUACUCCAGCACAAACAUCUGCACCAGAACAACUAACAUCACCGAAGACCUCUUCGAGAGAGGAGCCAGCUAUCCCAGCACAAACCUCUGCAACAGAACUACUAAUAACAACACCGAACGCCACUGAAACAAAGCAGCCAGCUACUCCAGCACAAACGGCUGCACCUGAACAACCAUCAUCACUGGAGACUGAACUACCGGAGGGAUCACUGAUCCAGAACAACCAACUACUCCAGCAGAACCCUCUACACCUGAACAAGCAACAACAUCCCAGGAGACCGCCGAACCGGUGCAGUCAACUACUCCAGCACAAACCCCUGCACCUGAACAAACAACGAGACUACGGGAGACCACCGAACAAGAGCGGCCAGCUGCUCCAGCACAAACUUCUGCAUCUGAACAACCAACAUCACCGGAGACUGAACUACCGGAGGAGCCAGCUACUCCAGCAGGCACAUCCACACCUGAGCAACUACCAACAUCGCAGAAGACGACUGAGCCACAGCAGACAGCUUCUCCCGCACAAACUGCUGCACCUGAACAACCAACAACACCACAGGAGACAAUUGAACGACACCAGCCAGCUACUCCAGUACAAACACCUGAACCAGGACAGCAAACAUCACCGAAGACCACCGAACAGGAACAAACUACUAAUAACAACACCGAAGGCCACUGAAACAAAGCAGCCAGCUACUCCAACGCGAACCGCUGCACCUGAACAACUUACAUCACCGGAGACUGAACUACCGGAGGAGCCAGCUACUCCAGCAGACACAUCCACACCUGAGCAACUACCGACAUCGCAGAGGACCACUGAACCAGAGCACACAGCUUCUCCCGCACAAACUGCUGCACCUGAACAACCAACUACACCACAGGAGACAAUUGAACGACACCAGCCAGCUACUCCAACACAAACACCUGAACCCGAACAGCAAACAUCACCGAAGACCACCGAACAGGAACAGCAAGCUACAACAGCACAAACCUAUGUAACAGAACAACCAUCAACAUUGCAAGAGACAGCUGAACCAGAACAACCAACUACUCCAGCACAAACCUCUGCAACAGAACUACUAAUAACAACACCGAAGGCCACUGAAACAAAGCAGCCAGCUACUCCAGCACGAACCACUGUACCUGAACAACCUACAUCACCGGAGACUGAACUACCGGAGGAGCCAGCUACUCCAGCACAUACAUCCACACCUGAACAACUAGCAACAUCACAGAAGACCACUGUACUAGAGCAGACAGCUUCUCCCGCACAAACUGCUGCACCUGAACAGCCAACAACACCACGAGAGACAACUGAACGAGAGCAGCUGGCUACUCCAGCACAAACACCUGAACCAGAGGAGCAAACAUCAUUGAAGACUACCGAACAGGAACAGCCAGCUACAACAGCACAAACCUAUGUAACAGAACAACCAUCAACAUUGCUAAAGUCUGCUGAUCCAGAACAACCAACUACUCCAGCAGAACCCUCUGCACCUGAACAACCAACAACAUUCCAGGAGACCGCCGAACCGCUGAACCAGAAAAACCAACUACUCCAGCACAACCCUCUACCCCUGAACAACCAACAACAUCCCAGGAGACUGCCGAACCGCUGCAGUCAGCUGCUCCAGCACAAACCGCUGCACCUGAACAACCAACGAGACUACGGGAGACCACCGAACCAGAACGGCCAGCUACUCCAGCACAAACAUCUAAGACCACUGAACCAGAGCAGACAGUUUCUCCUGCACAAACUGCUGCACCUGAACAACCAACAACACCACAGGAGACAAUUGAACGAGAGCAGCCAGCUACUCCAGAACAAACACCUGAACCAGAAAAGCAAACAUCACCGAAGACUACCGAACAGGAACAGUCAGCUACAACAGCACAAACCUAUGAGACCGCCGAGGCUAUGCAGUCAGCUACUCCAGCACAAACCCCUGCACCUGAACUACCAACGAGUCUACCGGAGACUACCGAACCAGAGCGGCCAGCUACUCCAGCAGAAACAUCUGCACAUGAACAACUAA